AUGCCCCGUGCCUCCCGCCUGUUCGGCUUUUUUCCCCCUCGGCCCCCCUACGAUUGGCAGAGUGGCAGAGCCAACAACGCCUGUGGCCAGGGCACGCCUGCUUCCUACUGGCCAAAGCCCACCACGGAAGACGGAAGGACCCACGAGCUGCAUGGUUCGAUGUUCAAGUGCAGCUUCUCAUUGGCUCAUGACACAAGAAUGGGCAAAUCGCAACUAACGUCCCCACGCUGUCGCCCAGAAAGGACCCGGCCCUGGACCCUUGACCUUGCCGCCCGCCGUCCUUUUUUUCCCUUAAACCUCCCAUCGCCACCUAAACACCACCUUCGGCGCAUUAUUGAAGGAGUUGCGACUGUCUUUUCUUUCCCUCCCAGCUUUCUCUUCGCCAACUUUGGCUUUCCUCAUACACAUCUUCGCAAACUUGCGCUCCCCGCCAUCAUGGCCGCUUUCAUCAACUCGACCGUCAUCAACACCGCCUUCAACCACACGCAGCCGUACUUCAGUGUCCUCGAGGAGGUGUCUAAGUACAAUGUCCAGCUCAACUACUUUGAGCGCCUCUGGGCCGCUUGGUAUCUCUGGAUGCAAAACGACACUCUCGCCACUGGCAUCAUGAGCUUCGUCAUGCACGAGACCGUCUACUUUGGCCGCAGUUUGCCCUUCAUCAUCUUCGACCUCAUCCCCUGGUUCCACAAGUACAAGAUUCAACCUCAAAAAAUGCCGACACUCAAGGAGCAAUGGGACUGCGCUAUGGUCGUCCUUAUCAGCCAUUUCACCGUCGAACUCCCCCAGAUCUGGCUCUUCCACCCCCUCGCCACGUGGUGCGGCAUGGAGUACAACGUCCCCUUCCCUCCUCUCUGGAAGAUGGCCAUGCAAAUCUCCAUCUUCUUCGUCAUGGAGGAUACCUGGCACUACUGGUUCCAUCGCGCCCUGCACUACGGCCCCCUCUACAAGGCGAUCCAUAAGCUUCACCACUACUACUCCGCGCCUUUCGGUCUCGCCGCAGAGUACGCCUCACCCAUCGAAGUCAUGCUCCUCGGCAUCGGAAUCGUCGGCUCGCCCAUCUUCUGGGUCACCCUCACCGGCGACCUCCACCUCCUGACCAUGUACGCCUGGAUCGUCCUCCGUCUCUUCCAGGCCAUCGACGCCCACAGCGGCUACGACUUCCCCUGGAGCUUGCGCCACUUCUUGCCCUUCUGGGCCGGUGCCGACCACCACGAUCUUCACCACGAGAAGUUCAUCGGCAACUACGCCUCCAGCUUCCGCUGGUGGGACUACUGCCUCGACACCGAGGCCGGUCUUGAGGCCCACAAGAAGCGCCGCGAGAAGAAGAUCCAGGCCAUCAAGGCGCAAAAGUCUCACACCAUGGCCAUGCGUAACGCGGCAGGAAAGGAAUGCCGCAAGGGAAAGCGAUACGACACGGGCCCGGACAACCGAGGCCAUACCAUCAAAGUCACGUAA